AUGGCUUGUGUAGUGCUCCACAACAUUGCAGUAGAAGUAAAUGACUUUUUUGACGUUGAUGCCUAUAUCACACCUCCGCUGCGAAACAACAACUGCGAAACCGCUGCAAUGACACCAGACAGUUUUGAAGAGUUACAUAACCUUAUAAAGCCUUGUAUUACUAAACAAGAUAAAAGGUUUAGAGAUGCUAUUUCUAGCAAAGAAAGACUGGGAUUAACUUUGAGGUAA